UUUUGGUUUUACAGCAAUUUUUAAACCUCUAGACUGUUCAAAUGUUUCCACCAUUUUCACGGUCUUUGGUUUUCUUUCCUCUUAUUGUGUUUUCAAAAAAUGGCAAAAGAACACUCUCAUUCCAUUUUUCAACUAUCUAGAGAUGAAAAAUUGAUAUGUCCCAAAGAUAGGAAAACCUUGGUGAGAACUGCCAGGUUCCUGAAACCAUGUGUCCAAACUGUGUCACGAGCUGUUACGGUUCCCAACACUCCUUUGUUGUUUGAUAUCUUCUCUCAAAACCUUAAACAGUGGCCUGAAAAUAUCGACAUAAAAGGCUGGCAUGUUUCGCAAAAACGUUGGGAAGAAUGGGUUGAUAGGAUGGCUGGACAAUUUGGUGCCUUGUGGAACCUGACAGGCAUAUGCGAUGCCAUCAUGAGUUCUAGAUAUGAAAUCAGGUGUAACAAGGUUUUGAUUCUUGGGUUGGUUGAGUUUUGGUGUUCUGAAACUAAUACAUUUGUUUUUCCAUGGGGAGAAGCUACUGUUACUCUUGAAGAUGUGAUGAUUCUUGGAGGGUUUUCAACACUCGGAGAGUCGGUCAGAAGACCUCUAGAAGGGAAAUCGGUGAAAAUUGAGGAAGAGUUGAACAGGAAACGUUUGAUCAUGUCAAGAAACAAGUCAAGGAAGGCUACUUAUGGUUGUUGGAUAGAGCAUUUCAUGGAAGAAGAAAGGGAAUAUGAACAUGUGGCAUUUUUGUCACUCUGGCUGUCAAGGGUGGCAAUGCAGUUUGGAUCCGAUCAAGAUCUUCCCGCUGCCUUCCCUGUUUGUAGCAUGUCAUGGGAGAAUGCUAGGUUUACUGUUCCGCCAAGGUCAUUUGAGCCCUGUGCAUCAGUUAGGUACUUCAAUUGGUGGAUUAGAUCUAAGUUGGCUCGAACAGCAGCUUUGAGGGAUGUCAAAAGAAUGCAGAAUAGAAGCUCACAGUCAGUUCUGGCUAAAAGAAAUGUGGAAAAGUCCCCCCCUUCAAUUGAAUUUGGUGUAAAGAAACCAAAGACAUUAGUAUCAAAGCUUUCAACAAAAGCUGAAACUGAAGGAUGUUGUUCCUCAUUUGCAAAUGAAUAUGCAGCCAAAACUGGAACACAAAUGAUUCGGGAUUAUCCUGAUGAGCAUUACUACCAAAUGUGCUCACUGCGCCAGAAGAUAGAACCACAUGUGUUACCACCAGUUUGGGUGGAAAGGACCGAAGUUAAUUCCAAAGGUUUGAGAGCAAUGUGUAGUUUGAAAACUACUGACUCAUUUUCUCAAGUUUCUGCUGAUAACAACAGCAAAGAGAGCCAUGCCUCAGUCAAUUCUGAAUUGUUGUCCUCUAAGAUCAAGAGACAGGCAUAUAAAGCGUAUGAUGAUACAGAACGCUUGCAGCAUGUUUCUGGCACCCCAAAUAAAAGAGCUGGCCUUCGCAAAGCUUCACCAUGCUGCCAAUAUCGAACCACUGGUUCCCCAACUUCAAUAGUAGCUAAUGGAAAUUUGAGAAAGAGAAAGUUCUCCUUCACAAUUGCAGGAAGAAGCAAAGCAGCCACUCUGCCUGUUGAUGGCACUGCUGAAGGACAAACGAAUGCUGGUGGUUCUGACCAAAAACUUAAGAGGAUUGUUAAAGAAGGGAGGAAGGCAGUGGAUGUAACUGAGCAUAAAGCAGGAGUUGAAUGGAAGAAAAGAUUUGAAGGAUCACUUAAAGGUAUUGGUAAAGAAAGCAAGACAAGAAUGGUUGAAGGGUUUCACAAGAACUCUGAAAAUGUUACCAUCAAAGACACGAUUUCAGGUUCACUUCUGAAAUUUGGACUAGAAUUAGAAGGAAGGCUAAGGAGAGUGGAGAAACUGGCAGGGAUAAGCCCAAAAUGAAGAACAAGGAAAACCAGAAACAGAAGAAACAUACAGUUCUCUGAUUUUUCUUCUUCAUGCUAAGCUCUCAUCCUCAUUUCAUUUUGUCUCCUCUAGUUAUUGAAGUGGACUCUGAACUUCUUUGUUUAAAACUAAUACAGUCAUUUUGUAAUGUUUACUUGUUUUAUUAUGCUUGA